AAUCAGUUGCUAUAAUGGCUUGGUUUGGGUACAGUCCAUAUUUUAUUGCAUUGUUAUAUUAUACAGAGAUCCUUUCCCACGUAAUGUCAGAAUAUGACGAGGAUGCCUACGAAUUCUUUUUAUGUUUUAGGCGACAAAUUUGUGAAUGUGAAGGUGGUGUAGACAAUUAUAGGAGAUGUUACUCAUUGCUGAAAGAAAAGUAUCCUUGUUCCGUGGAGAUGGAGGCAAAGCUGAGGGAAAAAGCUGAUGAAUUGGGCAAACAUCCAAUGACAACACGUGAAUCCAAUGCAAUAGAAUCAAGCAGAGGCUGCAUUAUGCCUAAUCUCUCCAUGUGUAUGGACAACCCAGAGGAUUGCCUUUAAAUUAGUUGCUUUACUUCCACUCGGCCUUGGUAAGAUACUACAUGCAUCUGUACAAUUUUCCAAGAAAGAAGAAAAUGAUUGAUUCUUUACUGUAUCUGUAUGUCAAGCUUCGUUUUGUUAAAUGAGAUGUCAAGAAAGCUAUCAAUAAAAACUUUGAAAGAAU